AUGCGCAUCGACCUCACGCUCUACAUCUCUCACCACCUUCACAUCGAAGUCGUCGACAUGGACCGUUUACCUGAAGAGCUGAUCGUACAGAUAUGCGAGUUCUGCGACCAUGCUUCGUUGAAGAAUGCACGCCUCGUGGGCAGCCGAUGGAAAGCCGCCAGCACGCCAGCCACAUUCGAGCACUUCUACAUUGGCCUUUUCGGGUUUGGAGUCACCAAAUUGGAGAGUCUAGCCAAGUCGCCUUUGUCGAGGCAUGUCAAAAGAUUUACCAUUUAUUCAGAGGUCUUGCCAGACUGGUCCAAAACAGCCUGGCAAAAGGCGAUCGACUUUCGACCUCCGUUCAGUCAGUGGCUUGCCCCUGUUAGAGCUGAGGCCACGCGAGAGCAAGCAAUGCUGAACCCGGCUCUGCAAAGUCUACGUGAAUACAAUCUCGCGGAGAAAUAUGAGUCUCUGCCGCGGCACUCCUUCAGCGAUGAGAAGCUUGAGAUGGGUUACGCGGCGUACAAAGCAUGUGUGCGCGACCAAAUCAGCUGGCGAAAGAACUUGCUGGGGAUCGCCUUCAAAGAGUAUGUUGCAAUGCUACCGAAUCUGAUAGAGGCAAGAGUGCAAUGCACUACGCCUUUCGCUGGUCGAACGAACCAGUGGCCUGUAUGGAAAGCUCUCCGCCAAUACAUACUUGUUGGACCGGACGACUGGAUGUAUUCAACUGAUUUUCAGGAAGCCAAUUACGCAUAUCUAUCAGGACAUGCUGCACUGUCUCUACUCGAGGCUGUGGCAUAUCGAGCAUCGUUCUCCGGGACCAAGCAAUUGACAUCGCUCUACGUUCACUCUGCCCAUCUUGAUCCGUACCGCAAACUCAUGAACGAAGCGUCCGGCACCAUCUUUGAGCGCGAGUUCCACAAUCUGGGCAUUCAUCAACUGCAUGAAGGCUUUCGCCAUUUGACAAGACUCUACCUACACAUUCCACAUGCCACGAUAAGUGCCAGGCUGAACGGAAACUCGAUGGCCAAAGAGACGAUGGAGUUUCUGCGUCUGGCCCGGCAGAUCCAAAGCCUCGAUCUCAGGUAUGGUGAUGAUGAGCUGAGUCCAGAUGAUGAUGCAUCGCAGCUUGAAAUACUCUUCCUCGAUGGUUCCGAAAAUGUACUGUGGCCAGACAUCAAACAUCUGGCACUCGCCACAAACAUUCCUGCAGAGAUUCUGGUCGGAUUCCUGCGAAAUCAUGCCAAGACCCUUGAAAGCCUAGAGCUUCGCGACAUGCUCGUUCAUGAUGUGGAUUUGGCGCUUGUGCAGAUACCGAAAGUUGUGGAGUUGAAACGAGUAUAUGUCGAGCAGCUUUGGGAUGAUGCCUCUGAGCACGACGGGACUUCAGUGAGCCAUCUGUGCGUGCUUUCGAGGGGUACCGAUUUCGAUGAUCCGUAUGAGCAGGCGGUGAAAUCGUAUCUGCUGGGCCAGAAAUCCAUGCUCCCAGUCAUCGAGAGAGAUGGCGGCUUUGGUGAUGUGAUGGAUUGGGAAGACGACGAUGAUCCGCCAUAA